AGUAAUUUCUUCUCUUUACACAAGUGACACUUUCCGGUUUCUUCGUGUGUUUUGUUUCAUGUUUUUCCGAGUCAGUUUUUACAUUUCCCUCGUGAAAUUUUAGUUCCGUUUGGAGAUUAUCUACCGGAGACGAAGAUUAGAAGGGAUGAGAAACAGAAAUUAAGAAAUUUAUGGAGAAAUACGUAAUAUCAGAGAAUUGUGACAUCAAAGGAUUUCUUACAUCAGAUUAAUCAUCAAAAUUUGUUAUCUCUUAAAGACUAAAGAAAAAUUUUACCUGCAACAAAUAUAUAAUUCUGUGGUAAACUACAGUGAAAUAUUUUUUUCUGAAUGGAGAUUAAUGGCAACAUUUCUCUACUGUACAGUCUGCAAUAUGUUUAAGAUGAAUUUGCUUCCUUGUAAUUAAAGUUGGAUGAAAAUCAGAGCUGUAAAACAUUUGAAAGACAAUAAAAAGUGAAAAAGGAAAAUAAACAUAUUGUUCUGAGAAGAGAAAACUAUUGAAACAAGGGAUAAUGAUACAGACUUAAAGGAUUGAUUUAUUAUUUUUUUGAAGAGAUGCAAAAAGAGACUGAAAAAUCCUCAUACCAUUGUGGUAUCUGUCAACAAUCAUUUUCUCUGGAAAGUAACCUCAUUAAACACAAAUGUAUUAAUGGAGGUGAGAAACCAUAUCCCUGUGAAAUUUGUGGUAAAUCAUUCUCUGUAUGUGGUCACUUAACUAAACACAAACGUACUCAUACAGGAGAAAAACCAUAUAAGUGUGAUAUCUGUGGUAACUCAUUCUCUAGAAAUGAUGCACUCACUGGUCAUAAACGAACUCACACAGGAGAAAAACCCUAUCACUGCGAUAUCUGUGGUAAAUCAUUUUCUCACUCUGGUGACUUAAAUAAGCACACACGUACUCAUACAGGAGAAAAACCAUAUCACUGUGAUAUAAUCAUAAUCUCCAUAUUUUUCAACGUAUUUCGCCAAAAAAAUUCUAAAACAAUUGAAAAAAUGAAGAAAUUAGGCGGUGUGGGGAAUUUAAAUUUUGAAAUGCAGAUUCUGAAUCUCCGCAUUCAAAUUAAUGGGUUUCUGCAGAGAUAA